AGUACGCAACACAACUCACCCAACGCAGAAAACCACGAUCAAGGAGUCCACGAUGGUGAUCGGACGGUUCAAAACCACAAGAUCUAAGGAUAAAAUCAUUCUCCAGUGUGCUUCUCAUCCCACCCAAUCCACCCCCAUCCCGCGCAAUUUGAAUUUCAUGCUCAAAAAUCGAGCAAUUUAGGCAGACAAAGAGACAGUGAAAGAAAGAGAGAGAGAGAGAGGUUGAUGAAGAGAAAAACCCUAAAGAGGAGCGGCAACGGGAAGAGGAGGAGCAGAGAAAUGGAGGGCACGCUAGCGAGGCGCUUGCAGGUUCAGCUGGGGCAGAUCUCAGUGGCUCCCUUUCACCACCACCAAACAUCUUCUUCCACCUCAUCGUCGCUAUCCAAUGCUCCCUCUCUCUUCCAGAAACUUCUGGAACAAGAAGCCGCCGCGGAGGCGAAUCUGCCGUCCGACGCCGACGCCGACGAGAAAGAUUUCAUUCUCAGCCAAGAUUUCUUCUGCACUCCGGAUUAUAUCACCCCGGAUAAUCAAAAUUUACUGAACGGUUUCGAUUGCAACAAGGAAAACAUUCCUUGCCCGAAGUCGCCGGAUAAGCUGAAUACUGUGAGAAGUAAGAGGCGUCGGCCAGAUAGUAUCUUGGUAAAUCCUCUCAGUCCUAGCUUUUCUGGCCAUCAACAAGUGGUGGAACUUGCAAAUGAUACAUUUGGUACAGAUACAGAUGAAGUGAAGUUAGAGAAAGCAGCUGUACCUGGAACACAGAAGAUUCAUAAUUAUGUAUCACAAUCUGCAGUUGCCUUGCGUUGUCGGGUUAUGCCCCCUCCUUGCAUUAAGAAUCCAUAUUUGAUGGGUAAUUCAGAAAUGGACUUAGAUCCUUUUGGCAAUCAAAGAUCAAAAUGUGCAGGUUUCUUCCCUGCACUUAUUGGUGGAGAUGGCCUUUCACGCUAUCACACUGAUUUCCAUGAGAUUAAGCAAAUUGGUAUGGGGAACUUUAGUUGCGUAUUCAAAGUCUUGAAGAGAAUUGAUGGUUGCUUGUAUGCUGUGAAACACAGCACAAGGCAGUUACAUCAAGAUGCAGAAAGGAGGAAAGCUUUAAUGGAAGUUCAAGCUUUGGCAGCUUUAGGGUCUCAUGAAAACAUUGUUGGAUACUAUUCUUCUUGGUUUGAAAAUGAGCAACUCUACAUUCAGAUGGAGCUCUGUGAUCAAAGCUUAUCUAUCAGUAGAUCUUCUCAAUUAUUCACAGAGGGAGAAGUGUUGCAAGUCUUGCAUCAGGUUAUGUUCUUUCUGGAGCAUUUUGUAUACUCACAAUUGAAACUUUUAUCAUAGAUAAAUAAAAUGUAGCAUGAAGGCAUUACUAGAUUGACCACAGGAAAAUAUCGUUUUUUGCAAAAGGAAUAUGGUAUAAUAAUAAAAAUGGUUGUAGACCACUAAUUUAGAAUGCUGUUAUAAGUCUAUAUCACUUAGAAGAUAUAAUGGUACAUCCGUACAUGUGAUACAAUAGUCUUAUGUAACUGUUUAAUGUUUUCUUUUACAUAAUUA